UCCUUUUCUGGUCCGUACACAAAACUCAAAUUAAAAAAGUAACAUCACUUUUUUAAUUUCUGAUCCCUUCUCUCUCUGUCUCCAUUGCCAUCAAUUUUGCCUCCUAAAACCAGAGUUGGUGGUGCUUUAAUCGCUCUCUCCGUCGUCCGUUUAUCGGAGUUAUAUAGCAAAUGGUAAUGGGCGCGCUCGCCCCCACGCUUGCGCGCAAUACUAAUUCAUCUACGACGAAAAUUCUGAUACUUGUAACGGUUCUUUUCGCAUUGUCGUAUGAGGGGUUUGGUCAGAAUGGAACCGAUUCUGAUGCACUUUUGAAGUUUAAACUAGCCUUAAACAACAGCUCUGCUUUGUAUAAUUGGAAUUCAGUUUUUUCUCCGUGUGAGUGGGAUCACUCGAACUGGGUGGGUGUUCUUUGUCUGAAUGGUUCGAUUUGGGGUUUGAAGCUCGAACAUAUGGCUCUCAACGGAACGCUUGAUGUCGACUCUCUUGUUUCUUUGUCGUCCUUUCGCACGUUAAGUCUGAUGGACAAUCAGCUUGCCGGGGCUUUUCCUGAUAUUAAGAAAUUGGGAAAACUGAAAGCUCUUUAUUUGUCCAAUAAUAGAUUUGCUGGUCAGAUUCCUGACGAUGCUUUUCUUGGUAUGGGCUCUUUGAAGAGGGUUUUCAUGGCUAAUAAUAUGUUUACGGGCGACAUUCCUAUCUCCCUGGCUGAAUUGCCCAGGCUGACGGAGCUGAGACUCGAAGGGAACCAAUUUAAAGGCCGAAUCCCGGAUUUUCAACAGCAUGGAUUGAAGGCUGUUAAUCUUGCUAGCAAUGAAUUGUCGGGUCCUAUCCCUCCAGCUCUUAGCAGAUUGAAUCCUGAAUCCUUUUCAGGGAACAAGGAGCUAUGCGGGGCGCCUCUAGACCCAUGCACAUCCUCAUCCCCAUCACCGGCCCCAAAGGAAAAACUUACAACUUCGAAAACCGUCAUAAUUUUUAUCUUGGCGCUCAUUGUGUUAGCUAUCAUUGCACUUGUUGUGGCUCUAUUGCGUGGGAGGAGGACGCGUAAAUCACAACUGGAUAGGUCGUCAUCUUUAUCUCAGAACUCCAACAAAAUUGCACCCGAUACUUACACUGCUGGCGCAGGGCAAGAACAAAUUCAAAUGCCGUUAGGGAGCAGCACGCAAGCAAGGAGGUCUGAUAAAUUGUCUUUCGUGAGGGAAGAUGUUGAGAAGUUUGAAUUGAACGAUUUGCUUAGAGCUUCCGCUGAAGUAUUGGGGAGCGGGACAUUUGGAUCUUCGUACAAGGCUUCUGUGGGGACCAGCCAAUCCUUGGUUGUCAAAAGGUAUAGGCAUAUGAACAAUGUGAGCAGAGAAGAGUUUCAUGAGCAUAUGCGUCGGCUUGGCAGGUUGAAGCAUCCAAACUUGCUGCGCCUUGCUGCUUACUAUUAUCGUAGAGAAGAAAAGCUCUUGGUAUAUGAGUUUGUCGCGAAUGGGAGCUUGGCUAGUCAUCUUCAUAGCAACAAUUCGUUAGAAGGUCAAGGGCUCGAUUGGCCUACGAGGUUGAAAAUUAUCAAAGGGGUAGCCAAGGGGUUGGCUUAUUUGUACAGCGAGCUUCCUAUACUAGUUCCACAUGGUCACUUGAAAUCUUCGAAUGUGCUUCUGGAGUCGUCCUUUGAGCCUCUUCUGACAGAUUAUACCCUGAGGCCAGUGAUUAAUCCUCAGCAAGCUCACAAUCUUAUGAUUGCAUACAAAUCACCCGAGUAUGCACAGACCGGCCGUACAUCUGACAAGACCGAUAUGUGGUGUUUUGGCAUUCUUAUAUUGGAGAUAUUGACGGGGAAGUUCCCAGAAAACUACAUAACGCCGGGUUACGAUAGCAGCGCCAAUUUAGCUAGCUGGGUGAAUAAGAUGGUGAAAGAAAAGCGAACGAGUGAGGUGUUCGACAAAGACAUGAAAGGAGGUAAAUACAGCAAAGGCGAAAUGAUCAAUGUAUUGAAGAUCGGGUUGAGUUGCUGCGAAGAGGAUGUGGAGAGUAGAUUAGACAUCAAGCAAAUAGUUGAAAAACUCGAGCAAUUGAAAGAAGGAGACGUAGAUAUUGAUGAUCGGUAUGGAAGUAGUGAAGGGAACCAUUUUAUGAUUAGAGGGAGUGAGGAUGGUCAUCCGAACGGGGUAGAUCGAUGAGUGUAUAGUAGAGGAGAAUGAAUUCAUUGUGAAGAGGGGAUGAUGACGAAAAGCGGUUUCGCAGGCGCAGCUGAACAGUAAAACAAUGGAUGAAUAUAACUUGAUUAUUAGCUUGUGAAAUUGAUGAUCUAAUGGUGCAUUACCUAUUCAAAUUUUGGGUAUGAAUUGCAGAAGGGCUAGUUUUUAUUUAUGUUUUUGUUUCUACCACAAAAUUGUUUUGAUGAGUGUAAUGGUGGUGCACAUAGUGAUUAAUCUUGUGGGGUUGAAUUCAAUCUUUUUUGGAGAAAACAAUAGAGAUGAUUCUUUUUAUUUUGCAUUUUCUACACAAAUUGAAUAUUUGUAUUCUUGUUUUUGAUGAAUGGAGAAAGUGUAUAUAGAAAUUAUUUUUUUA